AUGGUUGUCGUGGCUGUUGCAGGUGGUAGCAGUGGCCUUGGUCUGACUAUUGUUCAAGCCUUGAAAGUUCAAGGCAAACAUGAAGUUCUGAUCUUGAGCCGAAAGGUGAGACGGUACUCAAAGUUUGCCUCUAAUAUUUCAGUGGCUCACUAUAAGCAGGAAAACACCGAACUUGGAAAAAGGCUUGGAGCUCUUGUUGUCGCCGUUGACUACAGGAACGCCAAGUCUAUCGAAUUAGCUCUGGAAGCCAACAACGUCGAGACUGUCAUAUGCACAAUCAAUUCUCAGGACGAUAUUGAACCGGAACAAAAUUUGAUCCUUGCUGCGGGCAGAUCGCCUAUUACCAGAAGGAUUAUACCCAGUAUUUUUGCUGGUUUUACUUAUCCCAUCAGAUACCCAGACAGUUCCCAUGUCGCGAAAGCCAAAUCUGAAGCUAUCAAGGCCGUCAAAAAAACAUCAUUGGAAUAUACUGCGAUCUACAAUGGUAUAUUCCUUGAUUACUAUGGCGCGCCUCACUUGAAGUCCAAUAUACCACCUUGGCCAUUGUUUGUUGAUAUCCUCCACGAAUCAGCGGCAGUUCCAGGCUCAGGGGAUGAUCUAGUCGUUUUCACUCACAGCACUGACAUCGCUAAAUUCGUUGUUUUGAGCUUAGAUCUCCCAGAAUGGCCAGAGGAGACUUAUAUUCUGGGAGAGAAACUGACAUGGCAUGAGUUCAUCAGGCUGGCAGAAGAUGCAAAAGGAUCCAAGUUCAACGUCAUACAUGACUCUGAAGCGGACUUGAGGGCUGGAAGGGUCUCCAUACUGCCCAGUUACGGGAAGAUGUUCCAGCUUCCCGAAGCUGAUAUUCGAGCUCUGCUCUCGACUGCUGGAAUGUGGUUCGUGAACAGAGAGCUCGAUCUGAAUCCCUCACAUGCGUUGAACAAUGAUUUUCCAGAAAUCAAACCGAUGAAGGUGAAGGAUUUCUUGGAAUCGUCUUGGAAGUGA